AUGGAAUGCCUUGGAAUUCCUAUUGACCAUCGACUGCGGCGACUCAUUCGGGAAGUUCGGCCAAUCCAUACGAAUGUAGGAGACUCUGAUCACAUUCGCAUACUUCAAGAAUUCAGAACUUCGCUCAAAGUUAAAGGGAGUGACAGUGAUUACCUUACGGCAUUUGAUCUUAACUUCGGAAUCGAGAUGGCGCGACCUGAAACCAAAGGUGGUGUGGUGGUUGUCUUGUUACAACCCCAUUCUUCACAGGACAACUCUGACGGCUUCUUAGCGGGUAAAGAGAAUUGGCUGACUAUUCGCGCAAUAUCUGAGUUGAUUUCUGCGGCAAGCAAUGCAAGAUUUGGCUUUGAUGAUAUCAGCGAGGCCACUGAGGCCAUCGAAGAGAAUCUUCUUAAAGAAGCACACCACAUGUUUGCCACCAUGGUGGAAGCAAAACAGCCAGAAGUCGUGAUAUCCUGCUUCAAGACAAAAUCAAGUAACAUGAUUGUUAAGAAUCUAUGCUCUCGCAGGAUUGGUUAUUGCUUCGACUUUGACCCCCAGGGGUCAAGACAGCUCGCUGAAUUGGGGUUAAACCUCACUCGCGUAAAUGCAUUCCAUCCCAGCUAUGCAAUCAACUACAACCCCGAGUUUAGCUGCUUUAAGCGCCUCCUGUUGUUGGAAUUUGUGAAGGCUUUUGCCCUGUGGCAGGGGAAUUGGAUUUCCGACGAGGGAUGGAUGGCUCACUGGAGAGAUGAAUGUCGUAAGCAGGCAAUAAAGCUACUACUGAAAAAAAAAUUAUUCUUAGUGGAAGACAUCCACAUUCGUUGGAAAACACAUUAUUACAAAGGGCAAUGGGAGGAACCUCUUCAAGCUUUGGAAGUGAGUUUCAAUGAAUGCGUUUUUGGUGACAACGGCUUGAGCUUGGCUGGAAAUGCCGAAAAUCAUUCAUAUCGGCUGGUGGAAUCCAAGAUUACCUGGAAAUGUUUUGACAUCGCAUGGAUUUUGGAGAUGGAGAAGAUUCUUGCCCCAGAUAUAGAUCAACAGCUACUCUUGCAGUUCAAAAGCUUUGAUGGUUGCGACGGGUUCUAUGAUUAUUCAACACUGUUGCUCAUGAACUCAAAGCAACACACACCACAUGCAAAGAAACUCGAGUCCAUAUUUUUCACGUUUCUUCGUGACUUGAAUCUGUCUUACACCUUGUCCGGGGCCAAAUAUCUUACAAGAGAAAGGCUCAGGGAAAUGUGUUUCGAAGGUUUGCUGCGGCUUUUGAAAACAUGCUGGAGGGAGCCCAUGAGGAGAAAAAAUCAAGGAGGCAUGAUCUAUCCGAUGAAUUAA